AUGCAGUCGUUUCUUCUGAAACUGGUCCUCGGCGGCAUUCUUCUUUCGGUCGCUUAUCGCUUCGCUUGUGACCGUUUGUAUUCAAAUCAUAAGCGGACAUCGACGGAUUCGUCGAUGAACGAUUCCAGAAAGUUCGAGAAGUGUUCACGUGAGUAAAUGCACAGUCUGUGUGAACUGCAUGGCCUGUUUGCUCGAGCAAAUAAAAACUUUUUGCCGCCUUCAAACCUUCUGACUUAGAAUCGAUUAUUAAAACUACGACCAAAAUAGAUUAUUUCAGCCAAAACUUCGAGAAUGGCUGGGAGAUCGAAGGAUCAGCCUUCGCCGUGUUCGUCGACGGAAAGAAAGUAGUUGAUUUGUGGGGAGGAUACGCAGAUAAGCAGGCAGCUCGCAAGUGGUCAGAGGUGAGCCUGCUCUUUUCUCUUCGAGUCACACAGAGAGCACUUGACCUGCCUGAAAGUGAUCAAAAGAAGAAAUACAAACGAAACGGCUAGACUUUACCCUUUUUCGACUCACAUUAUGUCUGGUAGUGCUCUCAUAAGUUGUCUUUCUUGGCAGAGCGAUACGAAUGAUGUGAUAGUGUAUCAUUGUGAUAUAGACUUUUAAAAGCAAAACAAAAGAGUCUGUGACGUCACAGGGAACAUUGUUUCAGGACACCAUAACGGUGACGUUCUCGACGACGAAAGCGGCCGCCGCUCUGGCAGUCGCACUGCUGUACGAGAAGGGAAAACUGAGCUACGACGAGCCCGUUUCAAAAUACUGGCCGGGAUUCGGUACACAUGGAAGGGAUAACGUGACGAUUCAGAUGGCUCUUUCGCACAUGGUAGGGAGGGGAGGGAAACGGAAAAAUGAGGAAGUUUAUUUCAGUCUGGAAUGGCGUGGUUCGACACUCCGAUCACCGAGGAAAUCGCCGCCGAUCAUGAGCAAAUGCGACAAAUCAUUGAGAGAGAAGAGCCGAAAUGGGCUCCGGGCACCAAGACCGGAUACCACGCUUACACAUACGGAUGGCUCGUCGAUCAGAUCGUGAGACACACCGACGAUCAAAAGAGAGGAAUCGGACAGUUCUUCAGAGAGGAAAUCGCCUCCAAAUUAGGUAAUUUCUCCAUCUUUCAUCUCCAGGCCGAACCUAAAUUCCCGCUCCAGAUGUCGACUAUCACAUUGGCCUUCCGAAGUCCGAGCAGCACCGUGUCGCCCGCAUCAGCACUCCCAACAUGCUGAACCGCCUCGACGAGAUAUGGACGGAUGUCCGGGUGCUCAAGUACAUGAAGUCGCUUUUCAAACUGAUGACGGUGCGUGAUGAUUAUUCCGGCAGAUUGUUUGUCCGGGAAAACUCGGCGGUUAUCAGGGUGAACAGUGCCGGACCCGAACCACGAGUCCGGCAAUCAACAACCGUUUCCUUUGCGUGCUGGUAUUCCCCUUAUCGCCGAUCAUAUGACUACUCCAGGAACCAAAUGCAAACGGAAAUGCUCUCCCCUAGACACUAGUUCUGCAAUUCAUUCAUCUUAUUUCAGGACCACCCUCUCUCGCACAUUGUCAAAAAUCCUUCAUGGCUCGAGGCAGUCUCCAGAUGCACAAUCAACAACCCAGACUAUCAUCGGUCUGUUUGCCCUUUGCCCCUUACUUGUAUUGAAUUGACAUUUGCAGACUGGAACAGGCCGCCGCGCUCGGAAUGGGAAAUGCCCGUUCGCUCGCCUCGCUUUUCGACAAGGUUUGUCAAUCAAUUCGAUCGUUUCCACUUUCUCAUUUCGCUCGUCAAACUUUUCGUUAUCACACUUCAAAAUUUACGGCUGACAGGCGAGUUGAGACGAAAAGAGAAGAACAAACUAUGUCUAUGAUAAUCGGCACCGAGAAAAAGAGCGGUUUAAAAUAAGAGGAUUUGGUUUAUUUCAGGUCAAUCGCGGGCAACUUGUCAACCAGGCUACGCUCAAAACGAUUAGUCAGCCGUUCGUCAACGAGAGCGACUUUAUUUUGAUGACACCGUCGCAAAGGGACACGGAUUCUUCCAUCUGCCCAUCGGACGCGCUGGAGUCAGUUCCUUUUUUGAGUAGUCAACUCUUCAUUUCAUUUUUUUCAGGCUCAGUAUGGAUUCGGUCAUACUGGUCACGGAUGCCAGAUGGUCAUCACUGAUCUCAAGAAUCGGGUCACUAUUGCCUACGUCACGAAUGGUCUGAAAACGGGACUCUAUGAUCUGUGCAGGACGUAUUGGGGACUUCAAUCUUCCGUGUACGACGUCAUCGAACAACUCAACAACUAG